AUGCCAACCCUAAGGUCUCACACCAACCGUGUCUUGCGAACACCAGAGCCCUGCACCCUAAAAGUCAACAAAGUGGUCGGUACCCCAUCAUCUUCAGCUGCCAAUAUUGCCCCAGCGGAGAUCCUCCUGGAAAUAUUCGCUUUAUUGUCGCCACGAGACUUUGAUAACGCGCGGAGGACAUGCUCGCAAUGGAUGAGAGUCGGGCUAAACAAGAGACUCCUGGAGAUAAUGCUAAGGAGGGCCGGGUGGUGGGAUGCAUGGCGGCAGGACAAUGCACGGCAGAAGGCCUCCUCAUUAUUGAGCCAUGAAAGUGAAGUGUGGAGAAUGAGCAAGCGUUUUGCAACGGAAUGUCUGCUCUCUGGAAGAAAAGUCGGUGUCGAAAAGCCCGGCUUCCAGAUCGCUGCUAUAACAGACUUUUCGGAACUCUCGCGAGGGUCACACCGGAAGAGUAGAAGAUAUGGCUCCCAGGGUCUCUGUUCAACAACACCGCAAAGCAAAGCCUCAAGCGCUGUCAAAAGUUUCAAUGUCAGCGGAUGUGGUGGCUACGUUAUUGUUACCAGCGGCUACAUGAUUUACACUUAUCGUCUCGAUGACAGGAGAUCCAAGGCCAUAUCUUCGACGAAAUCGGAAGAUACCGGUAUAACCCUCAUAUCCAGCAUAUCCUGUUCUUCUGAGGUUGUAUCGGCAACUCUAGAUACAAGUACGCCGCGCCUCGUGGUGGCUGCACUGCUGCGAAAUCGUGUCGGCAUGAUAUGCGAUAUAGGGGACUACGGCGAUGAUAGAAACGAUAUUCAAGGUUGUGCUCCGAGACCAUCAUCAUCAUCAUCAUCAAAUGGAUCACCUCAUUACUACUAUAAUGUUUGCUCUGAAGAUCACCCUCCUCAGACCAUGGCUCUUUGUCCAGGUCGUCGCUGCGUGGCUUUCGGAUGCGCCGCUGGCAUCGAGAUACACUGGGUCGACGAAGCAACACAGAAAGACCAGCGUCGACAUUUCCCAAUGUCCCAGCCCUCUGAAGUCUUGCACUUUCUGGCAAGCUCUCCCGAAAGCCCCGACGAACUGCGGCUUAUAUCCUCGAUGGCUGGGCCCGGUAUACCCGAGUGUGCAUGUCGUCAAUCCUCCUUCUCUGGUCAUGCCAAGAAAUGCCAAUUCAACUUUCUUGGGAACAACAGGUCCUGCAAUCGGAAGGCUUCUCUGAAUAGGUCAUCAUCACUCAACCUCGUCCGCGCUACCCAUUGCCACCAUUACCGGGCAGCGCCAAUAAAUGACGGUUAUCAUAUGAUCUUCGUUGAGCCCCGGACCGGUCUCUUAUGCAUUGGCUCGGACGCCCCUAUUGGUGGCCCAGCCAGUCUAACCCGAGCCUUCGUAUGCAUUCCUCCAUUGCAGAAAGGCCGAUGCAGCCCUUCCAAAGAUGCGCAUACACCAACAGCCUUUGCAGUCGGCUCAGACUUGAGCUGGGGCUUACGUGUCGUCGCUGCCUACCGUGACCGCAUAGUGCUGUUUUCUAUACCCCUCGACGUAUUCAACGUGAUCCGGAAUGAGCGUGAACGUCUGGUCAACGGUGUGAUGGGGGACAGUAACCUGGCCCACGACUGGUUUUUGGACUCCGAUCACUCUCGCAAGCACCAAGAGAGUCUCGCCGAAAGCCAGAGCGGGGAUUGGGAUUUUCUACUGAGUGUCAGUUACAGAGCAACGGCCAUGAUGUGGCCAUUCAAGGUCUAUGGGAAAGAGAUAGGUCGGGUGAGCAACUUGGUGGAUCUGGCGAUCCAGACAGGUAACGGUGGCGCGAGAAUCUGGACUUUCGACGCUUCUGGAAAGGCGACAUUGUUUGACAUCGACACCUCAGCACCCCAAGAUACUGCAGCUCCAUUCUGCAAGCGUGUGAAUAUCGGUCCAAGCGGUCUCAUUGACUCGGUUAGUUUGAUGAGCCUUGAAGAGCAACAUGCACUGUCUCGACCCAACAGGAAGCGCAAGUUUUCCCAGCUGCAAGUUGAUUUUACGGGUCGAUAUGGAGCAGAUCGCUGUCGCAAGUCCGCACCCUCCGUUAAAGGAAAACGCAACUCGGCCGGCGUCCGUGAUGAUGCUGCUUCUAUGCGCCGGCCUGCUUUCGCUGCGUGUAUUGUCGACUUCAAGAUUACUGAGCUGGGGUUACGGAGAGGGCCUUGGAAGAGCCUCGGUUCAUGA